AUGUCUUUCUCAAAACCAAGAGAAGCAGUUACGGAAAGGGAUCAACUGAAUAUGAAAAUCCUCUUCCAAUCCCGCAAAUUCCUCCAGCAGCAAAUUGCAACCACCGAAGUGCAGCUCUCCCAACUAAAAGCCGAACUCGAACGUACAGAGCGGCAGAUUGCGACGGAGAUAGCGGCAGCGGCAAGUCAGCAGGAAGAUGGGAAGGAGAGUCAGGAAGAAGAACUGCCCCAGGGACGAAUACGAAGAUAUCCGCUGGAACAGGAUGAAUAUCGACGAUAUGGCCGGCAGAUGAUCGUCGAUCAGAUACGGCUGGAUGGACAACUGAAGCUUCGCGAAUCUUCUGUUCUCAUCAUCGGCGCGGGUGGGCUGGGAUGUCCCGCUGCGUUGUACCUAGCUGGUGCUGGGGUUGGGAUUCUAGGGAUUGUCGACGGGGAUACAGUGGAGGCAUCGAAUCUGCAUCGACAGGUGCUGCACCGCACGAAAUACGUGGGCAAACUCAAGGUGUACAGUGCGAUUGAGUAUUUAAAGGAACUAAACCCACACCCCAAAUACAUCCCCUACCCCACCCACCUCACCCCACAGAACGCCCCAGAAAUUUUCACCCCCUACUCCAUCAUCCUCGACUGCACCGACAACCCAGCCACCCGCUACCUAAUCUCCGACACCGCCGUCCUGCUCCGCAAGCCUCUCAUAUCUGCCUCCGCCCUCCGCACAGAUGGCCAGCUGAUGAUUCUCAACUACCCACCUGCCAACCCAUCCUCCGGCACCAGCACCAGCACCAGCGCCGUCAGCGGGCCAUGCUACCGCUGCAUCUUCCCCAAACCACCCCCAGCAGCCAGCGUAAUCAGCUGCGCGGAUGGCGGCAUCCUUGGUCCCGUCGUCGGUGUCAUGGGCGUACUACAGGCACUCGAGACGAUCCGUGUCCUCACCCAGCCCACCAGAACUGACAAUCCCAACCACAGCGCCAGUCCUAGCGCAGGCCAGCACCAUCAACCUAUCAUUCCAACAUUACAUCUCUUCUCUGCCUUCUCAAACCCACCGUUUAGGAGUGUACGACUUCGCCCGCGACGGGUGGACUGCGCCGCAUGUUCCGCCGCGGGGACGAUAACGCUCGAGUCGCUGCGUGGCGGAUCGAUGGACUACGCCCAAUUUUGCGGUGGUCUUGCGGGUUCGCUGGCGUUGUUGGGUGACGAGGAGCGGCUGUCGGCGACAGAGUAUUGGAGACGGUAUGCGCAGGCAGCGGCGGGGCUAGAGGAGGGUGGUGAAGCUGGAGAUGGCGAUGGAGAUGUGGAAAGUCCGAUUCUGAUCGAUGUGCGGGAGGCGGUGCAGUAUGGCAUUGGUGCGAUGGCGGGAAGCAUCAAUAUACCCAUGUCGCAGAUCUUGUCGGCCCCUAGCGCCACGUCAGACGUCGACUCCCCCCGUGAGGCGGCGUGUAAUGGUUUAGAUAUAGACAGAAAGCCACCUCUCCCAUCAUGGUUACCGCCACAAGUCCUCGAUGCAUCGUCUAAGAAGCCUAUACAUGUUGUGUGUCGACUUGGGAAUGAUUCGCAGGUCGUCGUACGGAAGCUGAAGGAGCUGGGUGUUGAUAGGGGAGGGGAAAGGUGGGUGGGAGAUAUCAAGGGUGGGUUGAGGGCAUGGAGGGAGGAGGUUGAGGCGGAAUUCCCUGAUUAUUGA